AUGCCGGCCCGAAGGAGCCGAGCGCCGGCGGCUUGUCUUUUCUGCCGUUCAAAGAAGUUGAAGUGUGACUCGCAGAAGCCAAGUUGUGGCAAUUGUGUGGCAAAGGGUGUUGAUUGCCAGCGAAGCACUGCCCGGCACAAACCAAGACCAACAAAUCAACGUAUCAAGCAACUAGAGCAAGAAAAUGCUAUUCUUCGCCAGCAAUGUACCAAUCUGCGAAAUACAGACGUUGGAAUCCUCGAGAGACCUGCUUUGAUUCCAACAGAAGCUUCACUGGCGUCGCUCAGUCCAGCACGAAGUAGGGUCGCAGGCUCAAUAUCCCACCAUGCUGAACCUUCUCCGAGUGACCAUCACUCAAACAGGGGUCGAGAUACCUCUCAUCCGGAGGUACCGGACAGCGAAAACCAUCGCCACAGUACCUCAUUGUACCAUGGACCAACUAGCACAGUCUAUGACGAUACUGCACAUUCUGGAGCCGACGAUGAAGACUCGGAAGUGUUUGGUUCUCCUGUCAGUGAAGAGUGGGCUCGGCACCUCCUAUUUGCUCAAACAGCAAGGCAGAGACAACUAGAACCCUUGAACCUUGCUGCUGGAAAGCUUGACUUUGAUGGACUUGAUCCAGACCUCGGCAUGCACCUUCUGUCGAUAUAUUGGAGUCGCCAAUUGUACACCGCGCAGAUCACUUACCGCCCCGUAUUCAUGCGAGACAUGGCCUGUAAUGGCCCUUAUUUCUCAAAGCUAUUACUCAAUGCAAUCUUGUUCACUGUCUCCAAGCAUUGCCCGAGUCCUGACCUACGCUCUGACCCCGAUGACAUUACCACUGCAGGAUGGAGGUUUCGUCAACGGUUCACUGAGCUUCUACGAGAGUCUUUUGACAGGAGCGAAAUCACUACACUUCAAGCGUUGAUCAUCAUGUCCAACUCGCUGUUCUCAAGAUGUGAUGAACGCAGUCUGUCUUGGCUUUAUGCUGGCAAUGCAUUCAAUAUGAUCAUCGACCUUGGCCUACAUGUUCUACCAUCACCAAAUAAGAUGUCAGCUGAGGAACUUGAAGUUCGAAAGCGCGUCUUAUGGGGGGCUUAUACAAUCGACAAAAUCCAGUGUCUUCUCCAAGGGAGGCCGCCUUUGCUUCGCCAAAUCAAUUUCAAGGCUUCCCUCAAUUUCCUUGAUGAGUAUGACGAGCUCGACACAUUCAAGGAUAUCACGUACAGUACAACUGAACAGCGGUCCGUUAUACCCUCGCUCAACGUAUCACUCCUCACAAAAUUAUGCGAGCUAUCCAUCAUUUCGGAGCGCAUUCUAUGCGAACUUUACUCUGAGUCGCAGAACAUGAGUCAAAGCCAAAGCCAGAAAAUAUCGGCCGACAUAAGCUCUAAUCUCAGCAAAUGGCGCUCGAGUCUUCCUCCCCAACUCGACUAUAUCUCCUAUCCCCGAGAGUCGGUUCUUUUACCUCAGGCAUUCUGUCUCUUGGCACUUUCAAACGUUCUCAUUAUCCUCUCUCAACGCCCAUUGUUCACGGGUAGUCAUCACGGCUCCGCUCGAAAUCCAGCCACCGCAUAUGAAGCUGUCAACAUGUGCACCGCGGCCGCAAACCAAAUCGUCCAAAUCCUACGCGACUACUCUCAGCACUUUUCCAUCACCUCCGCCCCAUACAUGCUUUCGUACGCAACAUACAUCAGCGCCACCAUUCACGUCCGUAUAGUUGCGCAAAAGGGACGUGGUUCAAACUCUUUCCAGUGCCUCUUGCUUUGUCGCAAUGUAUUACGAGAACACUUGCGGCUCUAUGCAGCAGCUGGCAAAGCUAUGGCAAAUCUUGAUAAACUUGUGUCCCAUCUCGGUAUUGUCAUGACUGAGGGGGACGAGGUGGGCACGUCGGUGAUCCACCCUGCGGAUGAUCCGCCUGCACAGGAAACUAUCUCUGCCUCUAACAUUACAAAUGCCUCCGAUCAGACUAUCGUAAUAGGAUCCCCGCAGCUGAACUGGGGUCUGUCAGAUCUUGACCUCGAGGCAAUUGCUCAAAGCUUCCGGCUUGAUGGGGAACUCCAAUAUCUCAUGCAUCCCAUUGGGAUCUGA